CAAUCUAUCUGCUUCUCUCCCUUCUUCGGGACCGAGUCAAAUGCAUCACGUGUACAUCUGGGCAUUUAACCGUUCUAGUCCGUAUCCGUAUCCGAAGUCGCAAUUCUGUCUACAAAUCACCAAGCACUCUUCUUCUGAACUACUCAAUUUACUCAGUUCCCCACUACUUUAAACAUAUACCUUCACUUUGCGAGGCAAGAGUCAAAAAUGCCACCUCUAGCGACGGUCGGUAUCCUUUCUAUUGGGGAGAUGGGGAUGGGUGUUGCGAAGUUGUUGAUUGCUCAUAAUUAUCGCGUUGUGACGAAUAUUGAGGGUCGAAGCGCCGAUACCCACGCCCGUGUGGAAAGCGCCAAAAUCGAGUCCCUCCCAAGCGACUCCUCUCUCGUCUCAGCAUCAGACUAUAUCCUCUCCAUCGUCCCUCCACGAGACGCCCUCGCAACCGCCCACCGAAUCAAAAACGCCAUAUCCUCUCUCCCUUCACCAAAACCCACCCCUCUCUACUACCUAGACCUGAACGCCAUCUCGCCCCGCUCAGUCCGCGAAAUCGCCACUCUAUUCUCUUCCACCUCCUCCAUCAAACUGGUAGAUGGAGGCAUCAUCGGCGGACCUCCAUCGCCCAAAGAUCCAGCUGCCGACCCUUCACCUCCACCACCAAAGACUACGGUAUCGAACCACCCAAUUACGGAGCACGCCUGGAAUAGACCUAGCAUUCCGACCUCAGGACCAAAUCCUUUGGCCUCAGCUCCAAUCUCAGGUGAACAUCUGGCCUCAACCCUCAACGCACGCCACAUAAGCGACGACAUCGGUCCCGCCUCCGGCCUAAAAUGCUGUUUCGCAUCGACAACCAAAGGUUUCACAGCCCUCUGUCUGCAAUCCUUCACCACAGCCUCCAACCUCGGCGUAUUCGAGGAGUUGCAGAAAGAAAUGGAGACCCGGAUUCCGGGGAUGUGGAAGAGUAGUGGAAGCAUGGCCGGGAUGCCGCCUAAGGCUUAUAGAUGGGUUAAAGAGAUGGAGGAGAUUGCCGUGACGCAUGCUGAGGAUGGAGGGUUCGAGGGUGGUGCUGGAUUGCUUGGGUCUCAAGGGAAGGGAGAGGGGAAGGGAGUGGGGAUUUUCGAUGCGGUGGCGGAGGUUUAUAGGGCUGUGGCUGAGGAUACGAUUUUGGGGGAGGAGAAGACGGAGAGGAGGAAGAGGGGGAGGACGAGGGAGGAUGUUGCGGCUGCUAUGGGCGAGGGGCUGCGGGAGAAGAAGAAGAAGGUUGCUUGAGUAGAUUCAUGAUGAAACUGGAAGAAAGAUGAUGCAUGGGCAUGGGAAUAAGAUAGAUUUUACAGAGGGUCAAUUUGUUUGAUAACAUGGCUUUUCCAACCCAAAAUAGCAAUAGAGGUUUGCCUGAAAUAACAUA